AUGCUCGUCAAACUCUAUUCUGUUCUCUUGGCCCUUGUGGCUCUCGCUGCCGCCGGGCCGUCCGUCCUCUUUGCCUACUGGUCCCAGCAAACCACUCAGAUAAGGACAUGUCCGGAUGGCUACGCCAUCAACGCAAGGGAAGGACGUUUCUGGCUCGGCGAGCACAUGCCCACGACCUACUGCCCAGACUUCUCCGGUGCAAACUGUCCGGCCGGAAACACGACGGUUGUCGAUAGCCUCUUCAGAAAGCUUCGGAUCUCCAAACCGGGCGGACAAAGGGUCUACGCCGACCCCGACGGCAUCAUCUCCUACACCCCGGGCGGAAACAGCUCCGUAGAAGCGACGCCCCCAGGCUCCAACCUGGACGCCUUUCGAGAGUUGCCCGUGAUGCCCUUCGUCUACGGAGAGGACGACCGUUUGCUGUGGUUUUACAAGUUUGGCGUCGACCCAAACCACUCCAACAUCUACGCCUGCCCCGAUAAGAAGCGUGACGGCAUGGCGUACCUCAGGGCGCGGUGGACUUCGAAAGAGAAUGCCGUCUGGGACAGCCAGUGCUUCCCCUUGGAUGGUUUGCUGGUGCAUCCGAGUGAUGACCUAAUCGGAGCAUACGAAUACACCGUGGCCUGA